GCCCAGAUUUUCGGGAGUUUAAAGACUCGCAAAAACCUAUUAACACGUGAUCUAUCGAUAACGCCCAAAAACAUCAUGUGGUGGGCGACGUCCCCAGUUCAACCAGGACCAUUCUUCCCUCUCCUCCCAGGACCCGCCAAAUCGGUGAAAACCCUCACCUUCUCAGCCAAAGCUCAGCCUCCCAGCCACCUGCCUUCCCCAACAUCGAAACACCAACAACAGCAAGGGGAAGGUCGAAGAGCAAAGGAACUUAGUGGGUUCGAUGUGCUUUGGGCUAUGCAAAGAGCAACUGCCGAGAAAAACAAAGUGAGCGGUGGUGGUGGUAAAAAGAAUAAUAAGAAGAAUAAUAAGACGAGAAAGGGUUUUGUCUCUGGGGGGAUCCAGAGAGAAGAGAAUAGCGUGGAGUUCAGUAAUGUGAAGCCUUUGUGCAUAAAGAAUGAUUGGGAUGUUAGAUUGGAUGAGUUGGAAAAGCGUCUUCAGGAGCUCUCUGACACAAACUGAAGAAGAUUGAGGCUUGCGUUUCUGUGCCUUGUAAAUGAUUGUUUGUAAUUGAUCAUCCUUUUCUUAA